AUGGUUCCAGUCGAGCCUAUCAGCCUCACAGUCGGCGCCGUCGCCUUGGCCAGUCUAUUUUCCCUCUGCGUACAGUGCUUUGAUCUCAUCGAGGUGGGAAAAAAUCUUGGCUCCGACUGUGAGCUGCUGCUUACUCGACUCAGCAUUGAGAAGCGGCGGCUGAUGAUCUGGGGCGAAGCUGUGGGCAUCCUCAGACCGGAUGAAGAUAGAGAGCCGCUUCUUGACAAGCCGGAGACACGAGAACUCGUUAAACGAAUCCUUGAGAAUCUCCAGAGUCUAUUCCACGAGGCUGACUCGCUAAAAUCGAUUUAUGGUCUUGAAAAGACACCAGGAACGCAAGGCUCCUUGAAUAUGGUCGUCGAAGGAAGUACAGCCUGCUCUUACUCGUUCGAAAGCUCGCCAUUGGUGCAAUUUCAAGCACGGUUUACAGAAUACUCUAGAAAAGCAGGGCUAAGGGCCAAGGCUAAAUGGGCUAUUCGAGAUUCUAAAAAGUUUUCCGCCUUAGUCCAGAAGCUCAAGGACCUACUUGAUGGUCUCGGACACAUCACGACGUCCACUAGGACGGUCAUACGAAGAGAUCAGCUCAUCAGACAAGAGACUGAGUCCAUCCCUGACCUGAAUAUGUUGCGGGCCAUUGAGAGUACAUGCUCUGAUAGCGACUGGAAGAGCUAUGCAAGCAUUUCAAGUACAUACUUGCAAGAUUUUGGCCGUUUAUCGACCGAAAAACGCGCAGAUAUUCAAAACUGGGUGGAGAUCAGCAAAGAUCCGCCACAAACGUUCCAGAGAAGGAGAAAUCUCUGA